CGUCCCGGCGAGAAGCUCCGGCCCCACUAGCCCCGGCGCCCCUCGCCGCAGUAACAUCGCGACGGUCCCCAAGCGGCUAAGCCAUGAAACCUUAGGCCAUGUCGAAACGCGACAUCGUCCUCACCAAUGUCACCGUUGUCCAGCUGCUGCGACAGCCGCGCCCGGUGACCAGAGCACCACCCCCGCCGGAGCCCAAGGUUGAGGCAGAGCCGGAGCCGCAGCCUGAGCCAGAGCCCAAACCUGAGCCAGUCAAGAAUGAAUCCCCACCUCCUCAAUCUAAGAAGCCUUCUGUGGUUCGAAAGCUGACAGUGGGCAUCAAUGGCUUUGGACGCAUUGGUCGCUUGGUGCUCCGGGCCUGCAUGGAGAAGGGUGUGAAGGUGGUAGCAGUGAACGAUCCAUUCAUUGACCCGGAAUAUAUGGUGUACAUGUUUAAAUAUGACUCCACCCACGGCCGGUACAAGGGGAGUGUGGAGUACAGGAGCGGAAAGCUGGUCGUGGACAACCAGGAGAUCAGCGUCUUCCAGUGCAAGCAGCCCCGAGAUAUUCCCUGGAAGUCUGUCGGGAACCCCUUUGUGGUGGAGUCCACAGGCGUGUACCUGUCCUUAGAGGAAGCUUCAUACCACAUCGAGGCAGGUGCUACGCGUGUGGUCAUUUCCGCACCGUCACCCGAUGCACCCAUAUUUGUCAUGGGGGUAAACGAGAAGAACUAUGAUCCUGGCUCCAUGAAAGUUGUCAGCAAUGCAUCCUGCACCACCAACUGCCUGGCCCCCCUUGCCAAGGUCAUCCACGAGCAAUUUGGGAUCGUGGAAGGGCUGAUGACUACAGUUCAUUCCUACACUGCCACCCAGAAGACGGUGGACGGGCCAUCGAAGAAGGCCUGGCGAGACGGGCGGGGUGCCCACCAGAACAUCAUCCCAGCCUCCACAGGGGCUGCCAAGGCCGUUGGCAAGGUCAUUCCAGACCUCAAAGGGAAGCUGACAGGAAUGGCGUUCCGGGUGCCAACCCCAGACGUAUCUGUUGUGGACCUGACCUGCCGCCUGGCGCAACCUACCUCGUUCGAGGCCAUCAAAGAUGCCAUAAAAGCAGCAGCCAAGGGGCCUAUGGCUGGCAUCCUUGCCUACACCGAGGAUGAGGUCGUCUCCACGGACUUUGUGGGCGACACCCACUCGUCCAUCUUCGAUGCUAACGCCGGCAUCGCGCUCAACGACACCUUCGUGAAGCUCAUUUCCUGGUACGACAACGAAUACGGCUACAGUCACCGGGUGGUGGACCUCCUCCGCUACAUGUUCAGCCGCGACAAAUGAAGCAGGAGAGCCCCUCCUCUGCUCCCCCAGGCUCCGGGACCGGAACCCGC